AUUGGUCACAAAGACAACACUAUAACGCGGUUGGGUGGAUAAUACAGACAGCAUUUUACUGAUAUUAUCAAACAAGUCACGAGCUAUUGCAGUUUCUGUGCGUCUAAAAAUAACUGAUGAGCAAUGACUGCACAAGAGAAGUGGUUCGGAAAUCUGUUUCAUGCCUCGGAGGGGAAGAAUUUGCGCAUGCCCCUUAACUUCAACGGUAAGGCUGUCAAGUCGAUUAUCGAGUGCAGUCGAGUGUGCAGCGUCAAGAUUGCAGCAGGGGCUGUGGUGUGUGUUGAAAGUGAGAUCAAAGGGGAUGUUACUAUAGGCCCAAGGACAGUGGUUCACCCAAAAGCACGAAUUAUUGCAGAAGCGGGACCCAUUGUGAUCGGAGAAGGCAAUUUGAUCGAGGAACAAGCUGUCAUCAUUAACAGUCAUCCAGAAAACAUCACCCCAGAUGUUGAAGUGGAACCAAAGACGAUGACCAUUGGUAUCAACAAUGUAUUUGAAGUUGGCUGUUUGUCACAAGCCCUCAAAAUUGGCGACAACAAUGUUAUCGAAUCAAAAGCUGAUGUAGGUAGGAAUGUCAUCCUAACCAGUGGCUGCAUCAUUGGCGCCUUCUGCCAAGUGAACACCUGCGAGGUCAUACCAGAGAACACAGUCAUUUAUGGCUCUGGAUGUAUGAGGCGGGUGCAGACUGAGAGACCACAGCCUCAAACACUUCAGCUCGAUUUCUUAAUGAAGAUUUUGCCCAACUACCAUCACUUGAAGAAAACCAUUAAAGUCAGCCACACUGCUAGUUAAACAUGCAACGUUGGAAUUGUGAACAGCAAAAUCUGAAGUCGGUCAAGAUGAAAUGACAUAUGUACAUAUUACUCAACAUUAUUCUCAUCAGUACUUUUCCUUGCUGGUAUAUUCUACGAAGCAUAACACCUUUAUACUGCUCCCUCUGUGCUAAACAAUAUGAUCUGAUAAAUUAAACAUGCUCAGUUUUGUACUCAU